GGCACGUGUGGCUAUUCUCUUUGGCAUUCAUAAUAUUUACAUUCCAUUUGAUUCACCAAACAGAAUCAUUUCAAUUUCAAAUAGAAUAAUAGACGGAUAAAAGAAAAAGAAGAAAAUUAAAUAUAAUAUUGUGGCUGUUCGUAGUGAUUGCGCACCUCAAGGGGAGGUGAAGGAGAGCAAUCAUUGAUAACAUCGAGGAAAACUAAAAAAAAAAACGAGGAAACAUUCACCGAGGUGUGAAAUAUUAAAACAAUUAUACAAUCGCCGCGCCAUUCAACCGUUUUGCAGCACCACAAAACAACAAUCCCUUUUAGUUCCACGAUGCUUGUAUAUCUGCGAACAGCCUGGAGAACAUUUACCAAAACUAAUGCUGCUGUGCGGGUCAUAAAGAAAUUCCACCAUAAAGCCUUUAGUGAAAAAUAUUUACUACUGACCAAUGUGACAAUCUCGCUGGGCUUAAGUAGUGCCGGCGAUAUAUUGGAGCAACAAUAUGAAAUCUAUUGCGGUGAAUUGGAGAAAUGGGAUCGUACGCGAACAUCACAUAUGGCUGUUUCGGGCAUGACUGUGGGUGUUAUAUGUCAUUAUUGGUAUCAAAUACUUGAUUCACGUCUGCCAGGACGCUCCCUUCAAAUGGUUAUGAAGAAAAUUGUGCUGGAUCAGUUGAUUUGUUCCCCCGUCUAUAUAUCGGCGUUCUUUAUUACGCUGGGAAUCUUGGAGAGAAAAUCCAAAGAAGAAGUAUUUGAAGAAAUGAAACAGAAGGCAUGGAAGUUGUACGCAGCAGAAUGGAUGAUAUGGCCAGUGGCACAAUUUGUGAAUUUUUAUUGGUUACCACUGAAAUAUCGAAUCUUCUAUGACAAUAUAAUUAGUUUGGGUUAUGAUGUGUAUACAAGCCAGGUCAAGCACACGGAUUGACGUUGUUCUUGUUGGCUAAUUGUUUGUUUACAAACAUUGUAGGUUGUAUAUUUGUUUUUUUUUUUUUAAUUUAAAUGUGUUAUGCUAAACGACAACAAGUACCUCAUAAAGAAAUUCUUCAAAAGAAUUAAAAAAAGUAUAUUUAAUUAGGGUAAUUAUUUAUGAUCUAUGUAAAGAAAUUGACGAUACAUAAUUUGUACCUUAAUACAUAUUAAGUAAAUCAAUAAAAUAAUUGAGGACCAAGUU